UAGAUCUAAGUAAAAGUCAAAAGUCAAUAAAUUCUCGAUUUUUAUAAUUUAAUGAUUUUAUGAUAUUUCUGAAUUAUGCAUCAACUUAUCGCCAUGAUAAUAUUGUAGUGUAAAUGUAUUUGCUUAAGUAGACGAUUUGCAGGCUGCGUUAUUUAGCGCAGUUUCAAUAAACUAGCAAUGGAUUUCGAAACAGAUGGAAGGAAUUCCCGAUCCCGUAGCCCAUCUGUAGCGUCGGAGUCGAAGAUGUCGCGCGGAUCCUCUCGCUCCCGCUCCAAGUCGGUCUCCCGCUCCCGCUCCCGGUCCCGGAGCUCCUCGCCCAAAAACCGAUCCCGAAGCGGAUCUCCGGCCAAAUCUAGAUCUAGAUCCAGAAGUGGUUCAGCUAGAUCGAGGUCGAGGAGCAAAUCUAGGUCGAGGAGCAAAUCUAGAUCUAGGAGUGGAUCGGCUAGAUCGCGAUCUAGGAGCAAAUCUAAAUCGAGAUCAAGGAGCGGCUCCGUGCGUAGAUCGAGAUCAAAAAGCGGCUCGCCGGCUAAGUCGAGAAGCGGUUCGGAAGCGUCGCGAUCGAGGUCUAGAUCGCGAAGCGGAUCACCAGCUAAAUCUAGGUCUAGAAGUGUCACCCGCAAAUCCAAGUCGCGCAGCAAAUCUAGGUCAAGAAGUGGAUCUGGAAAAUCUAGGUCCCGUAGCGGUUCACGCGCAAAGUCUAAGUCUAGAUCGCGAAGUAGAUCCGUCAGCGGGUCCCCGAGACGAUCUCGAUCGAAAAGUGGGUCUCGUGAUAAAUCUCUGGAGACUUCAACAGAAUCUAAGCCAAGAAGUAGCGAGUCCCCGAGCAAGUCAUCUGCCAAAUCUAAAUCCAGAAGUAGAUCUCCGGGAGAUGGAAAAGCUAAAAGCAAGUCACCUGAGAACAUGGACGUGGACGAAGAAGAGGCUCGAGGUCGAAAGAGAAAACGUUCGGGUUCCGGUUCUGACUCUCCCGACAAAGCUCGCUUGAAACACUCAAAAUCACGUUCCAAAUCCCGCUCUAGAUCUCGCUCUAAGUCCCGUUCCAAAUCUCACUCUAAGUCGAGAUCCAAAUCCCGUUCUAGAUCGCGCUCCAAGUCUCAUUCCAAAUCCCGUUCUAGAUCGCGUUCCAAAUCCCGUUCAAGAUCGCGUUCCAAUUCACGAUCUCGAUCCCGAUCCAAAUCUCGUUCCAAGUCGAGAUCUAAAUCCCGUUCGAGGUCGCGAUCUCGAUCUAAGUCUGGAUCCCGAUCCCCGUCCAGACUGCGAAUACGUUCGCGAUCUAGAUCCCGUUCUAAAUCCGUAUCCAAGUCUCGCUCUCGAUCAAAAUCACCGGCUAAGUCUCGGUCGAGGUCCAAAUCUCGAUCGAAGUCAAGAUCUAGGUCCAGGUCGGUGUCUAAUAAUAAAUAUAUCAGAUCGCGUUCGCGCUCGGCCUCCGCGUCUCCUUCACACAGAGGUUUUGAUAAGAAGCGUCGCGCCGUGCGCCUGGAGUCCGACGACGAGGGCGAGGCCGAGGCCGGGGCGGGGGCGGGGGCGGAGGCCGGGGGCGAGGCGGGGGCCGGGGCCGAGGCCGAGGAGGCCGCACCCGCUGCCGUCGCGCAGGACUCCUCCGACGACGACGUCGCGCCCGAUCUCAAGAGCUCGGAGGCGGCGGGCGGACUGUCCGACUUCGAGGCGAUGUUGGCCCGCAAGCGCGAGGAGCGGCGCGGCCGCAGACGUCGCAGGGACAUCGACAUCAUCAACGACAACGACGACCUCAUCGCCCACCUGCUGCAGCAGAUGCGCCAGGCCGCAGAGCAGGACCGCGACCUCAACCGCAAGAACCAGCCCGCCGUCAAGAAGGUGUCGAUGCUGAAGGCGGCCAUGUCGCAGCUCAUCAAGAAGGACCUGCAGCUGGCGUUCCUCGAGCACAACGUCCUCAACGUGCUGUGCGACUGGCUCGCCCCCAUGCCCAACCGCGCUCUGCCCUGUCUGCUCAUCCGCGAGAGCAUCCUCAAGCUGCUCAUGGACUUCCCGUCGAUAGACAAGUCGCUGCUGAAGCAGUCGGGCAUCGGCAAGGCGGUGAUGUACCUCUACAAGCACCCCAAGGAGACGAAGGCCAACCGCGAGCGCGCCGGACGCCUCAUCUCAGAGUGGGCGCGCCCGAUAUUCAACCUCUCCACGGACUUCAAAGCGAUGACGCGGGAGGAGCGGCAGGCGCGCGACGAGGCGAUGGCGGGCGCGCGGCGACGCGGCGAGGAGGCGGGCCCGUCGCGCCGGGCGCCCCCCGCGGCCGGACCCCACGCCCCCCACGCCGCACACCACCCCCCGCCGGACCAGGACCGGGCGGCGCGGCCGGGCGAGCCGGGCUGGGUGUCGCGCGCGCGCGUGCCGCUGCCCUCCAACAAGGACUACGUCGUGCGCCCCAAGUCCACCUGCGACGCGGACAUGUCUCGCAUGAGCAAGAAGAAGAUGACGCGUUACGAGAAGCAAAUGAAGAAGUUCAUGGACCAGAAGCGGAUGAAGAGCGGCUCAAAGCGAGCCGUCGAGAUCUCCAUCGAGGGCCGCAAGAUGUCGCUGUGAGCGCGCUCAGUGCGCAGUCACAGUGUCUGAGUGCGCAGUCACUCGCCCACUGUGACGUCACAGUGUGUGAGUGCGCAGUCACUCGCCCACUGUGACGUCACAGUGUGAGUGCGCAGUCACUCGCCCACUGUGACGUCACAGUGUGUGAGUGCGCAGUCACUCGCCCACUGUGACGUCACAGUGUGAGUGCGCAGUCACUCGCCCACUGUGACGUCACAGUGUGUGAGUGCGCAGUCACUCGCCCACUGUGACGUCACAGUGUGAGUGCGCAGUCACUCGCCCACUGUGACGUCACAGUGUGUGAGUGCGCAGUCACUCGCCCACUGUGACGUCACAGUGUGUGAGUGCGCAGUUAGCGCUCACUGCGCACUCACACACUGUCAAACUACAUGACAAGCGAAGCGCAAAACCUUUGACGGAAUAAACUUGUGAUUUGUUGUGACGAUUGAAGUGUUUCAAGCGACGUUGUUCGCCGCAUUCACAGCCGGCUCCGGGCACUCACAUACAUAGGUUUAACUUAAUUGU